AUGAAAUUAACUUUUUUUUUUCUCUUAUUUUUUUUGUUUACUUUAUUUAAAAAUGCUUGUUCAAAAGAAUAUUUACCUAAUAAGGAAGAAGACAGUUCUAUAUUUUAUUAUGGGUUCAUAAAUAAUGAAGAAUAUCAACAUUAUAUGCCAUCUAAAUACCCUAAUAUACAAGGCGAUAGGGACAUUAUUAUAAUAUCAUGUUUUAAAGGAUAUAUCAUACAGAUUAAAAGAGCAUUUAUAAUUGAUUUAAAUGACGAAGAAAAUGAUUAUACAAAAAUGGCACAAAAUAUCUGUAUAAAGAAGGAACAAUGCACUAUUGAUGUUAGGAAAUUUAAAAGAAACACAAAUAAUAAUUCAAUUGACUUUUCUAGUGAAUUGAAAAUAGAAUACAUCUGUAUGAGCUCUCAGAAGCCUCUUUACGAUGGAAAUAUUUUUCAUCAAGGUGUUACACAUAAAUACCUCAUUGUAAGAAAUCAAUCUUCAGCUUGUGCUCAAAAUAAUGAAAAUGUAAUCAAAUUACCAUCCAUUUCAAAGGCUAUAGAAAUAUGCACUUUAAAUAAUUGUAAUUAUGUUGUUUGGAAUAAUGAAGAAAAAAAAGCAUUUAUUUGCAAAGAACAUAAUAAUGAUAAUAUAAUAGAAAAAAAAGAUAAUGUAACAUAUAUUAACCCUAAUUAUUUUUACACACAUGGAUAUGCGACAUUUUUGAAUUACAUGUCUGUAUGUGAUAAUACUAUAAAAACUGUUCCUUAUAAUUUAAGUAUGACUAAAUCAGUUGACGUUUGUUCACAUCUAGAUUGCCAUUAUUUUACAAAAAGUUAUCCAGGAUCAAUAAGAUCAUUAAAUAACGUUAGGAAUGGCAAAUCAUGGUUUUGCAAAGGUUUUCCUACGAUUAUACCAAUGGAUGGAUUUAUCACAAGUGUAAAAUUAAGCAAAUUUACAUAA